AUGGAGCAGGGCGCCCAGGUUACGUGGGAUCUCUUACGGCAGCUCAAGGGUAAUUCAUCUCUCCCUUGGAUUGUCGUGGGAGACUUCAACGAUAUCGCUUGUCUGUCAGAAAAGAGAGGGGCCCAUAGCCAUCCAUCGGCGCUUAUCGAAGGUUUUAAUGAUGUGUUGGGGGAAUGCUGUCUGGUUGAUAUGGGAAUGACAGGGGGCCGUUUCACGUGGGUGAGCGGCCGGGGAACGGAUGCGUGGGUGGAAGAAAGGUUGGACAGGGCAGUGGCUACGGUGGAGUGGUUAGAGAUGUAUGACGAGGCAGAGGUUAGAAAUAUUUAUACUAAUUCUUCCGAUCACUUUGCUAUUCUGGUUGACCUCCAUACUGAACCCGUACGGACAGCUUUGCGGAAGUUCAGGUUCGAGUCGGCGUGGCUCUUACAGCCCAGUUGUGCGAAAGUGGUGAAUGAUGCAUGGCUUUUGUAA